AUGGACUUUCGUUGUAUUUUAGGUCAAGUGCUCAGUUCUCACGUCGCUGGAAAAGUGAUGAUGAAAAGCUACUUAAGUGGUAUGCCGGAAUGCAAAUUUGGCAUAAACGAUAAACUCACCAUGAAUACCAGGAUGAAAUCCGCCGGCGAGGAAACGAUUAAAAACAGUCGAGCAUCAGUGGUCAUAGACGACUGUCAGUUUCAUCAGUGCGUUAAACUAAGCAAAUUCGAAACCGAGCACGCGAUCAGCUUUAUUCCGCCGGACGGGGAAUUCGAACUCAUGAGAUAUCGAACCACAAAGGACAUUCAGUUGCCAUUUCGAGUCAUUCCGCUGGUUCGCGAGGUUGGAAGAACUAAAAUGGAGGUAAAAGUGGUUGUGAAAUCGAACUUUAAGCCUGUACUUUUGGCUCAGAAAAUUGAGGUACGCAUUCCCACUCCGUUGAAUACAGCCGGCGUUCAACUGAUUUGCAUGAAGGGCAAAGCCAAAUACAAGGCCAGCGAAAAUGCUAUCGUCUGGAAGAUGAAGCGAAUCGCGGGCAUGAAAGAAUCUCAAAUCAGUGCUGAAAUCGAUCUGUUGCCAACAAGUGACAAGAAAAAGUGGAACCGGCCCCCGAUUUCCAUGAAUUUCGAGGUUCCUUUUGCUCCUUCCGGCCUGAAAGUUCGUUACCUGAAGGUUUUCGAAGCAAAACUGAAUUACAGUGACCAAGACGUCAUCAAAUGGGUGCGGUACAUCGGCCGCUCCGGACUUUAUGAAACUCGGUGCUAG